CACUGCGCACGUUAGUUGUCUUCACAAUCAUUAUGUGCAAACCAUGCAUUUAAGUCACGCUCGCUGCCCCCUCUGCUUAACCUACGCACCCUCCUUCUUCCCACUCUAUAUUAUCACUGACCACUGCAUUUAAUGAAUCUGCAAAUUGAAGUUUUAACCUAUAAAUACACCAUUCUGUAUCAAUAGCUGAUCCGUGAAUCAAUGCAAUUACGCUCACUGUACCAAUAAAGUUUCAAUGAAUCGAGGUGACGCCGAUUGGAGAUCAAUUAAGAGAGAAUAAAGAUUUAUUAAGAAUAGGGUUUAGUUGUGUAUAUUAAUUAUAUAGUGUACUGAGAAUCUCUUUAUGUCAUUUUUUGAACAAAGCUUUAAAAUCAUCGCCCAAUCGAUCUCCGAUCGGGUGAAGUAUCCCAGUUUGAAUCCCACAUUUUCUGUCUAUAAAACGCCGUCGUUUCAGAGAUCGGAGAUUUUCAUGUGAAAUGAGCUGAUUUUGUUGGUGGGUUUGAUUGGUAGUGAGGAUGAAUCCACUUUGCUGCAUUGCUCCGGUGUCGAUCGAAAAAGAUCGAGCUGUAGUGAAGCCGCAAACCCUCAGUCCAGAGCUAGGGUUUGAUAAUAAGAACGUGAAUGAUGCUAAUGAUAAUGCGAUUUUGAGGCCUGUGUGUUUUCACUCUCGGAGGAGUUUCUCAGCUGGAAAUGAUGUUUCGUCGUCAAAUGCGACGGACUUGCGCCUGUCCGAGAAGGAAAAAUGUGAGGAAAGUAAUGAAGUCGGGGAUUCGAAGAGUGUGGUUGGGGUUUUGUACAAGUGGGUGAAUUACGGGAAGGGGUGGAGGGCGAGGUGGUUUGUGUUGGAAGAUGGGGUUCUGUCGUAUUAUAAGGUGCACGGUCCGGACAAGAUCGUGAUGAGUCCCGGGAGAGACAAGGGAGCGAGGGUGAUUGGGGAGGAGAGCUGGAGAUAUAUGAGGAAAGCUGGUAGCGGUAAUGGGAGCGGCCAUGGUUACCGCGGUAACGGAUUCAGUUCAGAGAGACAGUGGAAGCCGUUUGGGAAAAUACACUUGAAGGUUUCUUCAGUUCGAGCCAGCAAGUCAGAUGACAAAAGGCUUUCAAUAUUCACAGGAACAAAAACUCUCCAUUUGCGUUGUCAAUUCAAAGAGGACAGAGCUGCAUGGAUUGAAGCCCUUCUAGUUGCCAAGGACAAAUUCCCUAGAGUAUUGACAAGCAACGACUUUGAACCUUCUGAAGAAUUUGUUGUUUCUACAGAGAAGCUACGAUCACGAUUAAUACAGGAAGGCUUGAGUGAGACUGUAAUAAAAGAUUGUGAGUCUAUAAUGCUCUCUGAACUUGGCGAGAUGCAGAAUCAGUUGAAGGCUCUUCAACUGAAACAUAUUUUGCUGAUGGACACCUUAAGGCAAUUAGAGACCGAUAAAAUUGAGUUGGAAACAACUGUAGUUGACGAAACUAAGGGAAGAGAUUCAUGCUGUGGACAAGGGAAUAGAAGAUAUAGCGAUUUUUAUUCAGUUAUGUCAGAGGGCAGUGCAAGUGAGUCAGAUGCAGAUAAUGAAAGCCGAUACGGAGUCGAUGUUGAAACGGACGAAGAGGAUGGAACCUUUUUUGACACAAAUGACUUUUUGUCUGCAGAGUCUUUGAGAAGUGCUUCCUAUAAAAGUAGAGAAAAUAAUGGCUAUCCUUCCAGACCUUGGACUUCUGAUAAUGAAUACUUUUCUGACCGUGCAAGAGAAUUUAGAACAGAAAUAAAGGAAAUUCAAUAUCCAUACAUAAAAAGAAGAGAUAGCUUACCAGAGCCAAAGGAGAAAGACAAGCCAGUAGGCCUAUGGUCCAUAAUUAAGGAUAAUAUUGGCAAGGAUUUGUCUGGUGUUUGCCUUCCUGUUUACUUCAAUGAGCCUCUAUCCUCAUUGCAGAAAUGCUUUGAAGAUUUGGAAUAUUCGUAUCUAGUUGACCGAGCAUUGGAAUGGGGAAAGCAGGGAAAUGAUUUGAUGAGAAUUCUAAAUGUAGCAGCUUUUGCUGUGUCUGGUUAUGCGUCAACUGAAGGUCGGCAGUGCAAACCCUUUAAUCCUCUACUUGGGGAAACCUAUGAGGCUGACUAUCCAGAUAAGGGUUUACGUUUCUUCUCUGAAAAGGUAAGUCAUCAUCCAAUGACUGUUGCUUGUCAUUGUGAGGGCGGCGGUUGGAAAUUUUGGGCAGAUUCUAAUCUCAAGGGCAAGUUUUGGGGACGAUCCAUUCAGCUUGAUCCCAUGGGGAUUCUUACCCUGCAGUUUGAAGAUGGUGAGACAUUUGAGUGGAGCAAGGUCACUACUACUAUAUACAAUAUCAUAAUUGGUAAAAUUUAUUGUGAUCAUUAUGGUACAAUGCGCAUCAAAGGCAGUGGUAACUAUUCCUGUAAGCUCAAAUUCAAGGAGCAGUCCAUUAUAGACCGAAACCCACAUCAGGUUCAUGGAUUUGUGCAAGACAACAGAACCGGAGAGAAGGUAGCAAUGCUGCUAGGGAAGUGGGAUGAAGCAAUGUAUUAUGUGAUGGGAGAUCCAAUUAAUAAGCCGAAGGGGUAUGAUCCAAUGACCGAAGCUGUGUUGCUCUGGGAAAGAGAUAGAUCAAUUCCUAAAACGAGAUAUAAUCUCACACCAUUUGCCAUAUCUUUAAAUGAAGUCACACCUGAUUUAAGAGAGAAGCUUCCACCGACAGACUCAAGGUUGAGACCUGAUCAAAGGCAUUUAGAGAAUGGAGAAUAUGAGCUGGCGAAUUUGGAGAAGCUAAGACUUGAACAAUUACAAAGACAGUGCAGGCAAGGAAGCUGCAAGAGAGAGGCUGGCAACCAAGAUGGUUUCGGAAGGAUGAGGAUGGUUGUUAUCGUUAUGUGGGUGGAUACUGGGAAGCAAGGGAGAAGCAAAAUUGGGUAGGAAUCCCUGAUAUAUUUGGGCAAGCUUGUGAUAUGCCUCUUUCUAUAUCAGAGGAAUAAGCCGUUUCUUAGCCAAGUCAGUCGUUCUAUCUUGCUUAUUUCUACUACUAUAUGGACCAAAAAAUCCUAAGCACGACCUCUAUAAUAUGAAAGGAAGAAGAUGGAGCUGAAAUUCCAAAGGUGUAAUAGCAUUUUACCUUGUAUUUUUAGAUUAAGUUUUCCUUGUGUGAGUUUUUGGUGGCAGCACUUGAGGUUGGAUUACUUCCCCAUUGGAAAGUCAGAUGAUUUAAAGGUACUUUGAGGAAUCCUGGAGUCGUUUGGAGGAAGAUUGCUGCAUUUUCAUUGGAUACAACCCGAUGAGUAAGAUUCUCGUAUUCUAGGCAAUGAAAAUAUUGAGAAUUGUACUCAAGUUGUCAUGUGCCACAAAAGGUCCUUUUGUUUAAUAUAGGGAUAAUUGUAGCUAAGCCCCUAAAUCUUUCAAAUAGUUGCAGACUUUUCCUUAA